AUGGCCGCAAUCGACUUUCUGUCACGCACGCACUGCCACCUCGGCGAAGGCCCGUUCUUUUGCGACCGGCGCGACACGCUGUUCUGGUUCGAUAUUGUGGAGAAAAAGCGAUACGCGCACGACUUUGCCACGGGAACGGAGACCGUUCUCGACCUGCCAGAGAUGGCGAGCGCCAUGGGCGUGGCGGCGGACGGCCGCGACGUGAUCUUCACCGAAACCGGCCUGUUGCUGUGGGACGGCACCGACCUGACGCGGUGCGCCGCGAUCGAGGCGGACAACCCGCAAACGCGCUCCAACGAUGCGCGCAUCCAUCCGUCCGGCGCUUUCUGGCUCGGCACGAUGGGCAAGGGCGCCGAGCCCGGUUCCGGCGCCAUCUAUCGCUGGUUCGCGGGUUCGGUCGACCUGCUGUUCGACAACAUCACCAUCCCCAAUGCGAUCUGCUUUUCGCCCGACGGAACGACGGCCUGGUUCACCGACACGCCGACCGGAAAGCUGAUGCGGGUGGCGACCGAUCCGGCGACCGGCGCGCCAACCGGUGAGCCCCAACUCUUCUUCGAUCAUUCAGGCGGCACGGGUGGCCUCGAUGGCGCGGUCUGUGACGGCGGCGGCAACAUCUGGAACGCCCGUUGGGGUGCGUCGGCGCUCGAUUGCUAUGCGCCGGACGGCACCCGCACCACGACGAUCGACCUGCCGGUCACGCAGCCGAGCUGCCCUGCCUUUGUCGGCGGCAACCGCCUUGCGGUGACCUCGGCAUGGGAGAACAUGGACGCCGCCGCCCGUACCGCCGAUCCCGAUGCCGGUGCAACGCUGAUCGUGACGCUUGACGUGGACAUCGAACCGCGAUUUGAGCCGGCCCUGCAUCUUUGA